AAGCUUAAAAUAAGUAACUCAUAUAAAAUUAUGAGUAACACAAAACAACAACAACAACAAACCUAUGGUGCUAUAUGUUGUAUAAUAUGCAUACAGUAUAUCUAGUGGGAGGGGCCACACAACGUUUACUUCCGGGACACCUCCUGUGCGUCAAGAUGGAUCAAAAGCAGAAAGAGGCAUCACUCUGCCUCCUUUUCCGUGCAUUAGAACCACUGGCGAGUGCGUUCGACAGUUUUAUCCUGUGGACGUUGUGGGUGACGGGGCUUCAGUGUAAUGACUGACUUUAACUUUGUAUUCACAUAUUAACACUGACGUUAUUUACACUGUCAAAGGAGGUUUUUGUGUGUGCGUUAGCGGGCUUUAAGUCGUGGCAGCUUAUCUGUGUGCUGGUGGCGGAUCACAGUACCUGUGUCAGUGUGAUACCUCUGUGACAUGGAAGAUCUUUGAUACCGGUGUCCACUCGGCUCAGUUCGGGUGGUGAGUCUCUCUCGGCAUGUUCCUCCAUUCACGCCGCUGUGCAUUUUAUCCCAAUUCGGUUUUAUAGAAAGGACUUUGGCUCCAGGUUCCCGUGGACACUCGGCUGGACACGAAGGGAUUUAAUGACAUGGACGCAUUUUUAACGUAACGCGACGCAACGCAAAGCAACUCACCGCCUGCUCAAGGCUAACUCCUAUAGCUAGCUAGCUAAUAGUGUGCAUUAAUAAUGUUACAACCGUACUCGUCAAUCAUUAACAUCGUCGUUAGAGAGUAAAUUAAGAUAGUUACUACGUCCUAUACACUAUUACACUACGAGCCGCUGGAGACCGGAAAUUAGUUUCUCCAAAAUAAAAGUAUAACUGGGGUUUUUUCACCGUCAAGAGCGCAUGCGCUCUUUUUCUUUCCGCUCCUGCCCUUCACAACAAAAGCCCGACUUAAAAACCACUCAGCAUUUGUGACCAAGAGGCAACUCAAGUUACAGACAUUCCAAUAUAAUGUAAUGUGCCAUAAAUAAAAUAUCUCACAAAGAGCAUGGGCAUCAUAGCAGGCGUGAGCUGCACCGUGUUGUUCACCCUUCUGGAUGUUGUCGUCUCCACUGUCCUGUUCACACAUGGAUCCCACCUGGUCACGUUCAGAGAUGAAGUCCUGGACUUCAGCAUCCUCACGUCUGCGUUGGACCUCUGGGGGACCGCGCUGCUCCGAGCGUCCCUUCUGCUGGGGGCCUCCGUCGGUGUGUCAUGGAACAAGGCGGACGGUCCGCAGAGGGUCGCCGCGCUCGCCCCCCUCAUCCUCCUCAUCAGCCUGGUCGUCGUCACCUACGCCCUGGCCAAGCUGCUCAUGCUGACCGAGCUGGGGCCUCUGACGCAGCGGCCCUGGUUCCUGGGCCUCAUUGGCUGGACCUGUGCCUCCUCCCUGGGAGUCGUGCUGCUCUGGGGGCUGCUCGGGAAGGAGGACGGCUCGGGGACCCGUCGCGGCAGCAGAGGAGAGGGGGGCUCUGAGGACACCGAGGAGCUGGUGGGGACCGCUGAUGAGGAGGAGCAGGAGGUGGGGUGUCAGAGGAAGAAUCAGGAGGAGGGCGGCGACCAGAAGAAGAAGAUUGGCUCCGGGGCCACACUGGGACGUUUGUUAUCCUUCAUCAGGAAGGAUGCAGGCCUGCUGUCUGUGGCCAUCCUCUUCCUGCUCAUCUCUGCUGUGUGUGAAGCCUUCAUUCCGUUCUACUAUGGAAGGGCCAUCGAUGGCAUUGUGAGCUACAAGAGCAUGGAGCACUUUGCCAAACCAGUCAUCACACUGGCUGUACUGGCUUUAGCCAGUUCACUUGCGAUGGGUGUGCGUGGCGGAGUCUUCAACCUGACGUUUGCUCGACUGAACCUCCGCCUCAGGAGCCGUCUCUUCAGAACCCUGAUGAGGCAGGAAAUUGCCUUUUUUGACGAGAAUCACACGGGCGACGUCAUCUCGCGGCUCUCGUCCGACACCACCCAAGUGAGCGAUCUCAUCUCCCAGAAUGUCAACAUCUUCUUGAGGAGCACCAUCAAGGGCUUCGGCUUCUUCAUCUUCAUGUUCGGGAUGUCCUGGAAGCUCACGCUGGUGACCAUCAUGGGAUUCCCUUUCAUCGCCCUUGUCUCUAAACUCUAUGGAGAAUACUACAAGAAAUUGACUAAAGAAGUGCAAACAACUCUUGCAGAGGCCAAUCGAGUAGCAGAAGAAACCAUUUCAGGCAUGAGGACGGUGCGGAGCUUCGCCAACGAGAGUGGGGAGGCCAACUCCUACUACGCCAAGCUGUUGGUCAUGUUCGAGCUCAACAAGAAGGAGGCGCUGGCCUAUGCCUGCUACAUGUGGUCAAGUAGCAUUUCAGAGCUUGCUUUAGAGGUUGCUGUCCUCUACUAUGGUGGGCAUCUUGUGAUCACUGGUCAGAUGAGUAGUGGUCACUUGAUAUCUUUUUUCAUAUACAUGCUGGAGCUGGGAGAAUGUCUAGAGAGCAUUGCAUCGGUGUAUACGGGCCUCAUGCAGGGAGUGGGAGCCGCGGAGAAGAUUUUCGAGUACCUGGACAGGAAACCCAAACAUCCGGCUGAUGGCACCGAGGCUCCGGACGCAUGCACCGGUCUGGUUGAAUUCAAAGACGUCACGUUUGCGUACCCAACUCGCCCCGAGACUGAUAUUCUCAAGGGAGUGUCGUUCACCCUGCGGCCCGGCGAGGUCACGGCCCUGGUGGGACCCUCAGGCAGUGGCAAGAGCUCCUGCGUGAGUCUGCUGGAAAACUUCUACCUUCCUCAGCGAGGCCAAGUGCUGCUGGACGGAAAACCUGUUCACACUUUUCAGCACGACUACCUGCACUCCAAGGUAGCUCUCGUGGGACAAGAGCCCGCGCUGUUUGCCCGGACGGUGGAGGAAAACAUCACCUACGGCCUGAGCGACGUCCCCAUGGAGGCGGUGGUGCAGGCUGCCACCAAGGCCAACGCUCACGACUUCAUCACCGCCCUCUCCAAAGGCUACGAGACAAAUGUUGGAGAGAAAGGCACCCAGUUGUCAGGGGGGCAGAAACAGAGGGUGGCCAUCGCAAGAGCCCUCAUCCGCACCCCACGUGUUCUCAUCCUGGACGAGGCGACCAGCGCGCUGGAUGCAGAGAGUGAGCACAUUGUCCAGCAGGCUCUGAACAACAUCAUGAAGGAGCACACGGUGCUGGUGAUCGCCCAUCGGCUCAGCACGGUGGAGAAGGCGAACAACAUCAUUGUGAUCGACAGGGGCCACGUGGCUGAGCAGGGCCCCCACGGUCAGCUGAUGGCCAGCGGCGGGCUCUACUGCAAGCUGGUGCAGAGGCAGGUCCUGGGCAUCCAGACGGGCGCGGAGGUCCUGAACCCGUCUGAGGACUUCAGACAGAAGCGUGACGGGCAGCGUCAGCGGAGAAGGAAAAGCAGCAGCAGCAGCGGCGCCAGCGAGUCCGAGUGCAAAGGUCGCUACUGAGAACGGACUGCUGCGUGUAGACGGAACUGGAAACUGCUGCUCGACGCACACGUACUGUAGAAGACGUUCUGUGAGGACAUACUAUGAUCAUGUCAGAAUCAGCUCAGGUGAAGAUCCACUUAUCUGUGAAUUGAGUAGCUUUAUUAAAGGUUCGUGUGUAGGGUUUAGGGGGAUCUAUCAGCAUAACUGGAAUAUAAUAUUUAUGUCCACGUAGGGAGCGGGACCUCUUCCAGGGAGUCACCAUGUUUCUACACUAGCCCAGUACAUGAAGUAUGUCUGGGGCCGCCAACGCGAUUCAUUGGUUCACCGCUUGCGCAUACAUAUGUUCACGUCUCUCCUAGAAUUCCAAAGAUAGCGGACAAUCAACUUAACAUUCCAUGCAUUUUCUAUGAUUUUAUACUCAUAUUAAUGCUGCGUUCAGCUUCAAUCGGGUCGGGGUUAUCGUUAGGGUUUCUGUGUCGUUGACGAUCAAAAUUAAGAAUAUAUUGGUUUCAAAAACAAAUCACCACUAUAUUUUUCUUACGUCAACGUAGGUUCCUCACUUCUUACGCUUUCCCACCAUGUUUCAAGAUCUGCCACUGUCAGAGGAAACUGAAAAAUACGACUCCACUGCACCACCAAUUACGUUGCGAUCUCUUAUCGUGUUGUGGCGCAACAAUACGGUCACAACCAUAACUCCAGUACAUGCUCGGAAGGGUGAUCACGUCCAAUCCUACACAGUGAAUCUUUAAACUACAAAUAUAGAGUGGUGGUGAUGAUGAUUAUGAUAAUAAUAAUAUCAAAAAUGUGGUCGCAUUUCCACUGGAGAUAAAACUUGAAUCAUUGUUCAACAUGUGUGCUAAUCGAUACAUUCGCUUUUAGGAAAUACGUUGCUGUUGAUGUACUGUGUGUGUGUGUGUUUGUACUUUUUAAUACCUCAUCGUCACACAUUCCAGACAAACAUGUUGUUUUCUCCAGAGGUGUUUGUGCUUUUAUAUUUAUAUUUACGCAUUUAUUUUAUGAAAUGCUCGGUGUUUCUUUUAAGGUGAAGGUUAAAUUCUGUUGUUUGUAGAUUCACUAGUGAGCUGUGCAAUUCUGACAAAGGGAAGACCAGUGCCUUUAGCUGUGGAUGUGGACGUACUAUGGAGAUCUAUGAUUGUCACUGAUAGAAAUAAAUCACUUAUUGUCACUACACACAGUACACACUGUAAAUAUCAAUCACUGUAGAUGAACAAUGUAUGUAAUGAACAGUCAACUGCCAGUAGUUGCAAACAUGCUGGAUUAGUGCCACAUGCUGCAUUCACUGUCUACUGGUUUUUUGGUAGUUAAUAGGCCUCUCAUGAAUGAUACAUGGGUCAUAUUUUGGAGGGUGUUUGGCUUUGUAUAAUCAUUUUUGACUUUCCCUUUAAUCACAAAUAUCAAAGCACGAUGGUGAACUGUCAUUUAGCUGCAGCUAAAGCUAAAAUGAUUUGUGGGGAGUUGAGACUCAUCAGUUUUCUUGCAUUAACUUCUGUGCUGUACACCUAUAUUGGACUGGAAAAACGUCCACAUGGACUACAGUGUAAAAAAAAAGUAAAAGUAUAUUUAUUCCACA